AUGCCGUUAGAUGGAAAAAUGAGUCCAGGAGUCAAAGCGUACUUCGCCGAUCCCGUCAAGGCGAUCACCGAAAGACUUACUCGGUUACAACGAAAAUUCGAAUUUCAAGGAAAUAUGCGUGUCCAUCUUCUCAAACAUUUGAUAAAAGAAAAAGAAAAGAAGCGACAAAUGGAAUCAUAUUUUCGGAAAAAAGGACAAGAAUUUGAAGCACAGAAGAAGAAAUUGGCAGAAGCAAACGCCUGGAUUCAGACAGCGGAGAGAAAAUUGCAAGCGAGUGAAGAGGAAAAACAAAAAGUUCAGAGAGAAAUGGAAGAGUUACAGGAAAAAUUGAAAAAUCUCUCCACUUCCAUCCACUCUCAACACCACACUUCCAACCCGACCCAGUUUUCUUUCAUGCCUGAAGAAUCACAAGAACCUGGAAUCGCACCGUCCGUUGUGAAUUCCACGCCGAAUUCCACUUUCGAUUUGGUGUCUCCACUUGUUAUUUCGCCGGCUCCUUCUCUAAAUUCAUCGAAUUUUCAUACAUUUUUCGAAAAUGGAAAUGUGCCGUCGACUGGAUCUGAACCUGCGUUUAAUGAUGAUUUGAUGUUCAAUACUAUGAGUAGCGGUCAGUCUGUAAGAGGAGCCAAUCUUUCGAAUAGCUCCGCGUUCAGUGUUGCUUUUAAUAAUAUGUUCACUCCAACUCGAAACCUGGACGCCACAACUCACUCAAUGGCCAAUCAAACAGCUGUCAAUCAAACCAUUAUGGAUAAAACAAGCAUGUCAUUAGAUAAUUGGAGAGCCAAUAAAUCGAAUUCUUUUGGAACGCAUGAUAUGUCCAAAAGAGAGACAUCUCUUCCUUUAGGGAAUGUAAAUCUAUCCCAUUUAUAUCCGAAUUCCUCUUCUCGAACAGCUCCACCAUCAUCUCAACAUCGGCGAAGUGUCGUUGGAUUGGAUCGACAAAAAGUGCGAGAUAUGCGUCGAAUCUCUUCUCAACCCGGCUAUCUCGCACAACGAAAAUCAAUCAAUAAUCGGAGCAAUUUUAUGGAACAAGACGACUGA